CUCUAUUUAAUGAGCGCACCCACCACUCGCCAGACAACGCCGGCAGCAGCAGUCUGCAGAUCGAGCACAGCCGCGCGCGGCUUGCCACCGUACAAACAAGCACGAGCACUCCGCUAGCUGCUCCGCCGCGCAACAACAAUGGCGUCCCCGCGCGGCCAUCGUCAUCGCCGGGCCAACGUGCUGCAGCGUGCGGCGGCGGCGGCGGCGCUCCUGCUCGCUCUAUCCUGCUGCUGCAGCAGCGCUGAUCCGUGGCCGCCGCCGCCGCCGCCGCCCAAGGUGCCGGCGGUGAUCGUGUUCGGGGACUCGACGGUGGACACGGGCAACAACAACGCGAUCGGCACCGUGCUGAAGAGCAACUUCGCGCCGUACGGGCGCGACAUGGCCGGCGGGGCCCGGCCCACGGGGCGGUUCUGCAACGGGCGCCUGCCGCCCGACUUCGUCUCCGAGGCGCUGGGCCUGCCGCCGCUGGUCCCGGCCUACCUCGACCCGGCCUACGGCAUCCAGGACUUCGCCCGCGGCGUCUGCUUCGCCUCCGCCGGCACCGGACUCGACAACAAGACCGCCGGCGUGCUGUCGGUGAUCCCGCUGUGGAAGGAGGUGGAGCACUUCAGGGAGUACAAGCGGCGGCUGCGGCGGCACGUGGGGCGCGGCAGGGCGCGGGGCAUCGUCUCCGACGCGCUCUACGUGGUGAGCAUCGGCACCAACGACUUCCUGGAGAACUACUUCCUGCUGGUGACGGGGCGGUUCGCGGAGCUCACGGUGGGCGAGUACGAGGACUUCCUGGUGGCGCAGGCGGAGCGGUUCCUGGGCGAGAUCCACCGGCUGGGCGCGCGCCGGGUCACCUUCGCCGGGCUCAGCCCCAUGGGCUGCCUGCCGCUGGAGCGCACGCUCAACGCGCUCCGCGGCGGCUGCGUCGACGAGUACAACCAGGUGGCCCGCGACUACAACGCCAAGCUGCUCGCCAUGCUCCGCCGCCUCCAGGCGGCGCGCCCGGGGCUCAGGGGCUGGAGAACGUGGAGGAGGGCUGCUGCGCGACGGGGAAGGUGGAGAUGUCUUACCUGUGCAACGACAAGAGCCCCCACACGUGCGCCGACGCCGACAAGUACUUCUUCUGGGACUCCUUCCACCCCACCCAGAAGGUGAACCAGUUCUUCGCCAAGAAGACGCUGGACCUGUGCUACGAGCAGCUCCUGUGAUGCUGGACGCUGCUUGCUAUUGCUACUAAUCAAUCAAUCGCGGUGUAUAGCAUAGCAUUCGAUUGUCUUCCAUGUACUGUAUCUGUAUGUAGCAUGGUUGUUCUGCCUGUUCCGAAUCCCGAUGCGUCGAUUCUUUUGGAUUUAAAUGAUCAGAUCAGAGUGGUUUAUAAUUUACAAAUUUGAUCGAGUUACAUUACAUUU